GACAGGAGGAGAGAUUAGUUUUACUUAAAAUUUUCUAUUUAGUUUUCUGAAUUGUGUAUCAAAACAUGCAAGUUUAAAAAAAGUUAAUUCAUUUUAUUGUUUGCAUUAGACAUGUCUAACUGAGAGGAUGUUUGACUUUCUAAGAUAUAAAUAAGUGGGGUUUUAUUUAUAAACGGAAGUAGGGACGAAAGCGAGGCUGCGUACACACGUGGAAACAAAACAUUAAUCGAGAAGAAGAGAAGCUGUAGACGUCAGAUUUACCGCAACUUUAUCACAGACAAUGGUGCGCAAGCAAGCAAAUGAUCCCAGGCAGACGAAGAAAAUUUCGGAAGGAACGUCGGGGGAGGAAAAAGACGCUCCAAGUGAUGGAGCUGGGGAUGCUAAGCCGAAGCCUGCAAAGGAUGGCAAAAAGAAGAAAAAAGAGAACAAAGAAGGCAAUGUAAUGCAGGCGGACACAAAGACGUUCAGAUCCACGCUGGUGGGAAGCCUGAAGUACAUCUUGUUGAUCAUCAUUCUGCCUCCUUUUUUGAACUACACAGCCUUAGUCAGGGAAGGGUCUUAUCUGAAGCCUGAAGUUGGUGAGCUGUAUGAUAUAGGCUUUGGACAGAAGAUGUACCUGGGAUGUAUGGGUAGUGGAUCUCCAACAGUGAUCCUAGAUGCCCCCACUGGGAUGACCUCAGAUGUUUGGAGUUUGGUACUGCCUCUCAUUGCCAAGGAAACAAGAGUUUGUGUAUAUGACAGAGCAGGUUUAGGAUAUAGUGACAGGCCAUAUAAAAAUUACAGUAAAGAGGAAGGAGACAAAGCAGAUGAUCAAAAGAACUUAAGAGACAGGUGGCAGGAAUUCACUCUGGAAAGAAUGAUAGAUGAUCUCCAUAGAUUGUUAUCACUGGCCAGUCAACAGCCAAAGCCCCUCAUUUUGGUGGGGUCAGAGCUGGGGGGUCUUAUAGCCAGGGGUUAUACACAGUUAUAUGAAAAUGAGGUAGCCCAUGUUGUUCUGGUGGACCCCCUGGUGGAGGAUUUAUUCCAGCAAGAUGAGGGUGUCUGGGCACAGUUCUGGUUUGGACAACUUAUUCCUUCAUACCAGAGCUUACAGCUGACAGCAGCCAUGGGCUUGACAAGACUGGCUCUUCUGACUGGCUACAUGGAACAGCCAAUUAACAGCCAGCUUGUGUCAGAGGAGGUGGUGAAGAGACAGAAAUAUGUCCUUUGUCAUCCACGUCACCUAAGCUCUGUAGUUGACGAACAUUUCUUCAUCAAUGACACCUUUUCCCAGAUCAAAACCCUGUAUUUACUAAAGCCUUUCCCCCAGAAUGUCUCUGUGACAGUGAUCACUGGAAAUUAUUACGAUGAACAACUUCCAAGUUCAUUAAAUAAGGCCUGGGCCAAGUCACAAGAAAACUUAAUCUCCCGCCUUCAUCCUGGCUGUAAACAUAUAGUGAUCAAUGGCGCUGACCACAAGAAGCUGUACACUGCCCAUCUGGCCGUAGUGGACCCUGUCCUGAGACUGGUCAGACAGUGGAAGACCAAACACAAGGUCCACCAGGCGUGACUAGAGGUGACCAAUUGGGCCAAGACGAUGUAAAAUGGGACAUCAGGGAGUGGACGGAAUGUUUUGUACUUUUAUACUGGGUUUGUUGAUUGUAGAAUGAUCUCUGACAAAUGUGGCUAUUUAAGAUGACUUUAAGGCUUUAAGGUGACUGAUUUUCAGCCACCUGGGCUUAAGCCAAUAAUUGAGUAAGAAUCCUGCUUUUGAAACACAAAUAUGUGAACGAGUAGAUAAAAAUGCAGACCUUUGCAAUGGGUCUUUCGUUCGUCAGAGGCGAAAUUGGCCAUAAGCAGUUGGCUGGCCAAAUUUAGUCUUCAACAAACUCCAGGCCUUAGUACCCAAGAGAUGUAAUAAUAUUUCUGAAGACAAAGAAAAGUGCCAAAGAUUAUAUAUUAAAGAAAUUAUAAGAACUUCA